UUCCAUAUCGCGAAUUUAAUCUGCACGAGCGCAAUGCGCUCCUCGGAUUCAAUCCUGGAUUUUGACUAUGCUGAGACAUUGAGCGAGAUGAAGGAGAUGACGGUCUAUGAAAAGGCCUAUGAGAGCCCAAUGGGCGCACCAUCAUCUUUAGCCGUAGCCGAGGCGGAAUCAAAGAAGCAAUCCAUGUUUGCUGAUCGUCCCGAGAAUCGGGCGGAUGAGGGAAACAUUUGCGAUGUCCGGGCUGAACGACUGGGAUCCAAACCAUCAUCGGUGUCGUCGAAUCGGUCUGUGGGUGGUCGCCGCACGCCUACCCAUCCGGCGACGGAGCCUGAUGUUCAGAGCGAGGCAUUUUUCGUCUUCCGGGAUGAACGAGGUGGACUCCCUGCUUCCAGCUCAUCCCACGGAUGCAACAAAGCAAAAGACGGUCGCCAGAAGAAGAAAUCGCGAGUGACGUCUCGUGAUACAAAGGCGCACUCUCGAUCAGCAUCAGAUCCGGUGGUUCCGAAUAAACAUGGCGUCGAAGCAAACAAGCACAUCGGUCCCACUGCAAACGGGGCCGAGAACGAUACGGAAGCCUCAGUCCAGCAGUGCGUUGCACAGCUUCAAGCCAUCGCCCUGGAACGGAAUAAGCUUCUACGCCGCCUAGAUCAUCUUUCUCAGCAGGAGCAGUCCCUUCUUACCUCACUCGACUGCAAGUCAUCACCCACGUUUCACGACGAGAACGCCACCGUGACGCAAAAGUCUAAACACACCUCAAUCAACGUGCAGCGUGACCAGUCCUCCCGACCUCUUUCAUCUACCACACCAUCUAGUCCCUCUGGAAAGACCUCAGCUUCGGCGUCCACGUCAGACAAAUCUUCCCAUUUGCAGCUGCGCCGCCCUGCUUCCUCGCCGCCAUCGCUCCCGCCCCGCAACACAUCCAAACGCGUCCCACUGGCUGCCAAACUUGAAAUUUUCAAAGACGACACGUCAGUUCCCCCCAAAGGCACAUCUACAGGAAUUCCACUUUCACAAUCCUCACCAAUUAAAGCCUCUGCCCAAUCUGAUGUGAAAGUAAUCGAGCAGCCUCCAUCAAACAAGAUAAUCGAAGACCAAUCGCAAACCGAGAAAAACUCAACACAGCAAUCCACAAAAUCCCUAUACGCAAAACUCACCCACCACCACAUCUCCACUCCUGCCAAGAUCGCCGCACCCAAACCCACCAUCACCAACAGCAAACGCCAUGUGAAGAACAUCCCCCCACCACCCACUACCCCUCAUCUCCGCCCCACCGUCAAAAUCCCCACGAAAAUCGACAGCAAUGAUCGGAAUAACUACGCUCACCAUCUCGAUCGGCCCAUCAUUGCGAACCCGCAUGUGAAACCUGUCACCCCUCCUGCAGAUCCAGUCAAGCCCACCGGUAUCCCUAAACCAAUGUUGAAGGGCAAAGCGAGCGGAGCUUCGCCUCGAGGCGCAUCGCGGGGCGCUACUACUACCGCUCCCAAGACCCCUAAGUCGUUGCUGGGUAGCAAGGGCUAUGUAGUUCCUUGGACCGUUGCUAGGAAGACAUGGGACUUCUGA